CCUUUGGGCCCAUGAAGAGCCCCCACAAAUCUUGCGCGAGCAAUGCAAGAUCUAUUUGGCUUUCCACUGGUCAGUCGAUUGGGUACUAAAUAUAAGAAGCCACCAUCAACCAAGGGAGCUCCCACAAUUGAAGGCAAAGAAGAACCAAUGGCUGCUUUGCUCUCGUGUCAAGUCAGGGUUCUCCUCCUCCUCCUCCUCCUCCUCCUCCUCCUCUGUUAUCUCGGGCCUUCUGCGGCGGUGCUGUUCUCCUCCCUCCCUAAGACUCUCAUAGUCACUGCAUCCCCAAGUCCAGGCCGAGUGUUGUAUGCUGGCGUCGACCAGAUGAACGUGACCUGGGCGAUCAACCAGAGCCUGCCGGGGGCCACCGUCUCAGCCUACAAGAAGGUGAAGGUGAGCUUCUGCUACGCUCCGGCGAGCCAAGCCGACCGCGGGUGGCGCAAGACGGACGACAACCUAAAGAAGGACAAGACGUGCCAGUUCAAGAUCACCACCCAGCCCUACGCCACCGCCGGCUCCGUGGCGUACACCGUGGAGCGCAGCAUCCCCACGGCCACCUUCUUCGUGAGAGCCUACGUGCUGGACUCCGAGGACGCGGAGGUCGCCUACGGGCAGAGCACCGACGCCCAGAAGACCACCAACCUGUUCGACGUUGUCGGGAUCACGGGCCGGCAUGCGUCGCUGGGCAUCGCCGCAGCGUGCUUCUCGGCCUUCUCUGUCGUCGCGCUCGCUUUCUUCUUCGUCGUCGAGAAGAGAAAGGCUAAGAAGUAAGGAAGCAGCAAUCGAUACUAUUGCCGUAUAUGCCUCAAUAACGAAUUCAUAUUUGAAUCCAAUAAGUUUAUGGAUCCAAAAGAAACAUGUCCAACAUUUCUUCUAUAUUAGAGACAAGAGAUGUGAUGCUUCGGAUCAAACUUGCGGAGCAUAGGUACCGUACCCGAGUCCGAUAGUGUCCGGGCAGAUACAGACCCUCUCAAUGAACCAAAAAUUUGUGAGACAAGAAACGUGUGGGGCCGUGAACAUAUCUACAGAAAGAUGGGUUAUAUUCGUCCAA